AUAUAAACCCUAGCAAAUUAACGGGAAGGACCCAACACCAUUGACCGGGAAGCUUUCAGAGCCCGCAAUGGCGGAAAAAGAAACCAACCGCGGUUCAGAUCUACAGGCGAGCCUCCUGUCGAGCUCGGCCCUACAACCUCCUUCUCCAGCGCAGCGGCUUGCCAUCGACGACAUGCUCCGGCUGCACGCCGGAGAGUUCGGAAGAUGGCAGCUGCGGCACUUCGUUCUGACAACACUCGCGUGGGCGCUGGAGGCUUUCCACACCAUGGUCAUGAUCUUCGCGGAUCGAGAGCCUGCCUGGCGCUGUAGGUUCGCUGGAGAUUGUCCGCCGGAACAGUGCGGUAUUCCGGCUGGCGCGUGGGAGUGGGUGGAGGGUUCCGCGGCUUCGACGGUUAGCGAGUGGGGGCUUAUCUGCGGCCAGCGGUAUAAAAUAGGGCUUUCUCAGUCCGCUUUCUUUGCGGGUUGCAUGGUUGGCGCCGGCAUCUUCGGCCAUCUAUCCGACUCCUUCCUUGGAAGAAAAGGGUCACUCACCAUCGUCUGCAUCCUCAAUGCCAUCACCGGCAUCCUGACCUCCUUUUCUCCGACCUACUGGUUCUACACCGCCUUCCGCUUCCUCAACGGUUUUGGUACCGGCGGCGUCGGUCUCUGCGCUUUCGUCCUCGCAACAGAACCCAUUGGUCCCUCCAAGCGCGGAGUGGCCGGAAUGUCCACCUUCUACUUCUUCUCCACCGGAAUUGCUAUCCUCUCGGGCGUUGCUUACCUGUUUCGGACAUGGCGAACCCUCUUCGUCGUCACGUCCCUCCCCUCCCUCCUCUUUGUCCUGCUCAUCAUCCCCUUCAUCUCCGAAUCACCUCGAUGGUAUCUCAUCCGCCGCCAGACCUCCAAAGCCAUGAACUUGAUGCGCGCCAUCGCACGGUGUAAUGGCAGAGAGAUCUCCCCUGAAGUUACCCUCAAGCUCGACGACGAGGACGAUGAACAGAACUCGAAAGAAAGCGCCCAGAAGGCUGAAUCGGGAUCCAUCAUCGAUGUUCUGCGCUCACGAAGAACACGCCUUCGUCUUAUACUAAUGAUCUGCAUCAACUUCAUGUGCGCGGUAGUCUACUACGGCCUCACCCUUAACGUCGUCAAUCUAAAAACAAACCUUUACCUCAGCGUGACCCUGAAUUCCGUUGCUGAGAUGCCGGCCUACGUGAUCACCGCCGUUCUUCUGGACCGAUUAGGGAGGAAGCCAUUAGGGAUUGGAACAAUGUUGCUCAGUGGCGUGUUCUGCUUGAUCGGGUUCUUUAUCGGCGGUGCGGGGAUGAUGAUGAAGACGCUCAGAAUGGUUUGUGGGGUGAUUGGCAUAUUCGGUAUGGCGGCGAUGUAUAAUUUGUUGUUUAUAUAUACGGCGGAGCUGUUUCCGACGGUGGUGAGGAAUGCGGCGUUGGGGUGUGUGACGCAGGCGUCGCAGCUGGGGGCGAUUCUGGCGCCGUUGGUGGUGGUGGCUGGUCAAAGUUUGCCUUUUGCGGUGUUUGGGGCUUGCGGGAUCGCCGGAGCUUUGCUGACUUGUUUUUUGCCGGAGACGAUGAAUAAGCCGCUUUAUGAUACGAUGGUGGGGUUGGAGGGGGGAGAGAGGAAUUUUGUCAGAUGAGUUUUUUUUUUUUUGAGAUUCGUGCGAGUGAAGUGCUGGACGGAUGGAUCUAGAUCUUGUUUAGAUAUGGAUAUUUGUAUUAGAGUAUUAUGUUAAAAGAGUUGUGCCGAUGAAACUUUAAAUCAUAUAUUUA